AUGUCUUAAGAUGAAUAUAUCCAAACAGAUAAUAGUCAAACUAAUUCAUUAAUGGAUUGGAACAAGGUUAUUAAAAUCAAUGAAAAGGAUAUUAGCUUUUAGAAAUAUAAAUUUGAUAGUUUAACAGCAUCCUAAUUUUGGGCAUAUUGCAUGGGUCAUAUGCUUAAUGAUUUAUCAGCUGCUUGUUGGUUUAAGUAUUGAAUACUUUAACAUUUUAGCUAUCUAUUGUUUUAUUUGAAGAGAAUUAUGCAUGUUGAUUUUGGUUCAUAUGCAAUGUUGUCAGGUUAAAUAGCUGAUGCUUUAGCCACUCCAUUAGUAGGAUAUUAUAGUGAUAGAACAAAUACAUCAAUAGGAAAGAGAAUUCCAUGGUAUAUUGGGUAUUUUAAAUGUUUAUAUUUCAAGGGGAUAUGUUGUAAUAAUCUUUUCAUUUUUGCCUGUUUGGAAUGGAAAUUUAAUUUUUGAUUGGAUGAGCCUAAGAAACAACAACUUAGUAUAAGUAAGCUAUUAAAAUUAAAGAAAGACAAUAUACUAUACGGUUUUUUCAGCAAUCUUUAAUUUUGGUUGGGCUUCAUUACAAAUAAGUCAUAUGUGUUUGGUUCCAAGUUUAACAUGUAGUCGCUAUAAAAGAGAUAAAUUAAAUUCUAUAAGAAAUACAUUUUAAUUCAUAGCUGUAUUAAUAGUGUAUGUGACAGCAGUAACAUUUAAAAAUAGAUAUAGCUAAUAUUUUUUUAAUUGGUAAACAGUAAAAAUGGUACAGACUCAGAAUAAGCUUUUCAAUAUUUAUCAUUAAUAUGUGUAGCCAUUGGAACAGCAACAUCAGUAUUUUUUAUUAUACAAAUAAAUGAACCUAAACUAACUUCUGAUUGUACUAAAUAUGCAAGAAUUUUGUUAAAAAUUUUGAAGGAAGUAUGAAAUAUUAAUUAUAAUUAUAUUAGAGACAAAAUUGUUAUAUCGCAACAACAUAUAUACCAUAAGACUAAGAGAUCAUAAAUAAUUAAGUUCAGGAUGAAUCAAAAAACAAUAGUUCUAGUGAGGAUAUACAGAAAUCUACAUCUGAACCAUAAAUAGAUGGAUAAUAAAAUGUUAAAUUGGCAGAUAUUGAAUUAAAUGAUGAUGAAGGUUUAUGUUUACAUAAUAAAACAGCUAAUACAAUUUUUGAAGAAUUGCAUGAUUGGAAGUAAUUAUUAUUUAAAUUUUAUAGAGAAUGGUUUGGUUAAUUAUCAUUUUAUAGAUUUGGAAUGGUGUAUAUGUUUUUUAGAUUGUAUUCCAACGUUUCUUCAACAAUGAUCUCAUUUUAUAUUGAGAGUGUUUUGAAGUUUAAAAAUUCAGAUGUUGAAAAUGUUCAAAUCCCUAUUUAAGUGGCAUUAAUACCUCUAUCUCUAUAUAUUAUGAGUGUUAUAACGAGUAUAUCUCUAUCAAAGUUAUAUAAAUUAUUAGGCAAAAAAAUUACAUUAAUGUAAUAAUUAUUUAUUUGAGAAGGGUUGGGACAAUUUUAUGUUUGCUGACUUCUUUUGCUCUAAUAUUCUUAAAUGAAGAUAAUGCUUACUUUAUGUAUGCAAUAUCCCCAUUCAUUGGAAUAGCAUAAGCUAUUACUUUGAAUACAGGAAUUGCACUCAUAAGUGAUGUUAUUGGUUUAAAGGGAUAAAGUGGUGCUUUUGUUUUUGGUGCAUAUAGUUGUAUAGAUAAAAUUUCAUCUGGGAUUGUAUUGUUUUUUUGUUCUUAUGGAAAUAUACUAGAUGAUUAAAAUUUAAUUCUUUGGUUGACUGUUCUUGUACCAUCAAUAUCCUGUUUCUCUGGUUGUUUAUUGGUUAUAACAGCUCCAAUUAAAAAGCAGGAGGAGAACACUAAAGUUGAAAAGAAAGAUGAUAAACACAUAAAAUCUUUGGUAGAUGAAUUGGCUACUUGA